AUGGCUGACGCAGGCAGGCCUCAGAUCAACUUACGAAAGGCGACAAUACAGCUACAUUUCAUUACAUACCGAUUCAAACCACAUCUCUACAAGCAUCUCCGUCCCACGCACCCGCGACCAACAAGACAAUCACAAGCGCAGCACAUCAUGCACAACAACACCUGUUGCCCGUUCAGCAGUUGCGGAUACUGCAAGCGGCCAGAGCCUUACAAGCCGAAUCUCCUCAUUGGCGAUCGCAUCAAAGCUAUCGGUACCCAUACCAGCAAACUGCACGAUAGGGACCCUCAUCGGCCGCGGGAUGCUCCAGCUCCUCACGGUCCUGCAGCCAACCCGCACGUUGGUGCACUUGCUGCCGCUCCAGCAGCACAGAUGCCACGUCCUGCUGUUGCUAAUGCUCAUGGUAGCCAUGGCCCAGACAAAACAGAUGACAAGGAACUUCCUGACGACAACCACGGCCCAGGCACGAAGCCAAAGACGCUGACUAAGGACGACAACGCAUCAAGCCAGAAACCGACUCCUGUGCAGAACCCCCAAGAGAGCGCCAAAGAUGCAGCCGUAGCUGCUGCGGGUACUGAGCGUUCAGAGGGUGCCGCUGUGCACCGGGAUGACUACAAAGAGACUUUCGUGGACGCAGGUCCGCCAAUCAGUCCGGGUCCAAGGAGAUCGCCUCGAUUGUCCCGGAAGCGCAGUUCAGAGGAGGCAGAAUUGAAGGGCAGCGAGAUAGAGAAUGGUGGGUCGAAGAUUGCUGGGAAGCGGGGGAAGAAGUGA